AUGGGCAUAUUCGGUUUCUUCUCCAAAUCCCAUCAAGACCCUCUCGAAGCCCACCUAAACGAGUACCACCGCCAACAGCAGCGGCCCGGCCCCACCCCUACCCAACAGCGCGAGUCCCGCCGCCGAGGAGGAGGAACGAGCAGCAGCGGCGGUGUCUCAACCCGGAGCAACCCUACCUCCCGGCGUCCUUCCCGUAGCGGCGGCCGCCGCAAGCCCUGUCAUGUGCAUAGCAGUAGCAAUGGCAGCAACAAGGGCCCGUCCGCUGCGUCGAUAGCCGCCGCGCUAGCUGCUCAGCAAACGGGUCCCUUGCCGAACUUCUUUUCCUUUGAGCAGGGUUCUGAGCGCGCGCAAGGACGAUACCAGAAUGAGUCAACACCAUUGUUGGGGAGGUUCCGGGCUAUGCCUGGGGGGCCUGGGAGGAGGAGGGAGUCGGAUGAUCACCAGGGACUGUUGUCUGCUGGGUGGAGGGGGAGUGUGCAUGUCGGGUAUGGCGCCUUGAUGGCCGCUGCGGCGGAGGGAGGUGGGGAGUUUGACGAAAGUGGUAGCGAGGAGGAAGACGAUAGUGAGGGCGAUGGGAUGUUGGACUCCGGGUUUCUGGGAGCGGGAACGAUACAAGAACGGACCUUAACGAGGAGGGUGAUGGUGAAGAAGUUCAGCAGAGCUCGCAGAAGGCUGUAUUACACCUGGGUACACCCGAAGGCUUCGGUGAUCAGGAGGGCGGUAGAGCAUUGGUGGAGUCGAUGGUUUGUCCUGGUAGUAUUACCAGCCUUCUUGGCCGUAGCCUGGUGCGCGAUACCAUUCCCAAAAUACCCAAUACCAGACUACGACGACGGCCACGAUCUGACCACACCGCCAACAGCACCUGGCGAACAACCAGGGCGCAGGACCCCCGGUCACGGAGCGGCGCGCGUGCAGGUCAACUUCUGGUUCUUCCUCUUCGUCUAUUACAGCUUCUACAACUUGACGGCUCUAAUAUGGAUCACGAAGGUCUUCAACCUAUACAGUCUCAAUUGGUGGCCCAAAUCCCUCGGGUUUCCCCUAACGGUCUUCACGAUUGGCGUCAUAUCGCUAGCAGCACCUAUACCUCUCUAUGUCAUCCCCGAACUACGUUGGCUUACUGCUCACAACACAGCAUGGAUUAGCUGGACCUUCGUCAUCAUGGCCAUGCCCGUCACCAUCGCUUUCUGCAUCCUUAUGACUAACGAGCGUCACCUUAAGCUGCGACAUUCGCUUUCCGAAACCCAGCGUAUCUUCACAUCAUCGUGGUGGGCCGGCGAAUCUGGAAACAACAGCCGCCGGGAAUCGACGCGGCGGGCCGGAUUGACAGGCUCGUUCGAUACCGCGGGCGCAGAGCUUGGGUUUGAGGAGGGCCUCAGCCGGCGGCCUUCGGUACCCGUCCGAAUCAGGCGUAGAUGGCUUCCCGCGAGUUUUGUCCGUUUCGUCUGGUUCUGUCUGGCAUUGUCAAUCGGCCUUCUUGCCUAUGUGAUAGGAGAGGCGUAUGCUGAGAUUUACCUGCGUACGCUUCCGCAUAACAACUUGGAGACUAUCGUCUAUGUUUAUGGAUGGGUCUCCACGGUCUAUCUCCUCGACGGGCUGACAGGUUGGAUUUUGGGUGGCAACGAAGGCGAGAGAGUCGGAAGCUAUCCGUUAAGCUUCAUCUUCAAGCUCUAUUUCAUGCUAACCUACCAAACCUACGUGCGCGCCCUAUACGCCCGCCUCCGCUCUCCACAACAGUUCGUGAUGCUUCAAGUCCUCUCCUCCACGACCUUGAUCAUCGUCACACCCAUCCUCAUGUCCCGCCCCGUCCACUGGUUCCUGACCAAUACCAACCUCAACGGCCAAUCCUACGGCUCCUACCAGAAGAUCUGCAUCCGCAACGUCUUCAUCCGCUUCGUCGCCGAAAACGCGUCCAUGCUUGCCUUUCUGGGGAGCGUCGUCAUCCUGCACUUUGGUCCAAACAAGGACGUGUACCCCUACUUCGCUUUCGACGGCGAGCCGGACGACACCUCGGACUUUGACUUCGGUCUGACGUUCUAUGCCUCCAGCAUAACCUGGGCGUGCGAGUUGGCGGCUGGAUUCAUCGUCUCCGGGCUGAUCAGGCUCAUCUAUGGCGUCAGUGUUGUGACGGAGGGAAAACUUGAUUUUGCCGUGUGGCCCGAGUUGCUCCCGACCAGUGUGGCGGUGGUGUUGCAUGUAUUGCAGAAUAUGCUGUUUUCCAUUGUUCGGUUGCAGUUUCACUGA